GUCCGACCGCACAAUCCCACACUCACGUCGCUGUAGUCUGCAAGCACGCCUUUCAUCAAAAUGCUGAAGCUGGUGCUAGUGAUUUUUGCUGUAUCGGGCGCCGCCAUGGCCGCCUCUGGCGAUGACAGCAGCGUCCAGAGGUCAAAGAAAGCGGCCGACCCUCUGGUCACAGCGGCGGCCUACAACCCGUACUUCGCUGGCCUUGCGGACCGCUACGCCACCCCCGGCCUGGGCUACACAGGGGCCUACCCCUAUUCAGCAGCCUACAACACCCUGGCUGACGGCUACCCCUACCGUGCGGCAUCUUACCCUUACACAGCUAAAACGUAUCCCUACACAGCUGGGACAUACCCCUACACAGCUGGGACAUACCCCUACACAGCUGGGACAUACCCCUACACUGCAGGGCUAAGAGGUUACCCGUACACUGCCGGAGUACCCUAUACUGCUGCAGCUGGAGUUCUCCCCUAUGCUGGAUAAGGAAGCCUUUUUGAACAACGUUCUGCAUAUUCAAUCAGUGCUCUGUACAACUAUUACCAAUGUCAUUUAGUGUAUCAUUUCAUACUUGAAUAGCCAAAUAAAAAUAACUGUGGAGAA